AUGGCACUAAUUUUAACCAAUAAUUCUGAAGCGAUUGCAAAUGAACAAAAAGACUAUAGAGAAAAUGCUGUAGUACAUGUAAAGAACCCACAUUUGUCCUCAAUGCCUGAAGACUUACUGUAUCAUUUUGAUUUGGGAACAAAAACACACAAUCUUCAAGCAAUGUUUGGAGAUGUGAAGUUUGUUUGUGUUGGAGGCAGUGCAAACCGGAUGAAAGCUUUUGCACAGUUCAUGCAUAUGGAACUUGGACUAAAUGAAAGUGACAGUGGCCUCCUGGAUAUUUGUGCCGAGACUGACAGAUAUAAUAUGUACAAAACUGACCCUGUAUUGUCCAUAAGUGAUUUGCAUGGAAUGGGUGUGCCAUCGAUAUCAAUCAUGCUUCAUGAACUUAUUAAAUUACUUCACCAUGCCAAGUGCCGGGAUGACACUAUCAUAUAUAUGGGAACAUCAGGUGAUGUAGGGUUGGAUCCUGGAACUGUGGUCAUUACAGGUACAGCAGUAGUCUUCUUUCAGCCUAAGUUUGAACAAGUGGUUCUGGGAAAAGUAAUUACACGAAGCACUGAAUUGGACAAGGAUCUAGCACAAGAAUUAUUGAACUGUGGCAGUGAGAUUGAUGAUUAUCCUAUUAUUAUUGGAAACACUAUGUGCACCUAUGAUUUCUAUGAAGGGCAAGGACAUUUGGAUGGUGCUUUAUGCUCUUUUUCAAAUGAUGAAAAAUUGGAGUAUUUGAGAAAGGCAUAUAAAGCUGGUGUCAGAGGCAUUGAAAUGGAGUCCACUGUCUUUGCUGCUAUGUGCCACAGCUGUGAUCUAAAAGCUGCUGUCGUCUGUGUGACUUUAUUAAAUCAAUUUGAUGGUGAUCAAAUCACAACUCCUCAUGAAGUUCUGCUUGAGUACCAAAAGCAUCCACAAAAACUGGUGUUGAUGUUCAUAGAAAAAACUUAA